UCUGGAUUUACUUCAGGAUCCCAAGGCUGAGGAAAAGAGAUGUGAAUUUACUAUCCUUUGGCGUGACAGAGCAUUUUUUUUAAAAAAAGUGAAUUUAAUUUGCUUGUUUUAAGAAGUAGAAGACAGUUAGACAAGGAGCUCCCGAGUUCUGUCAUUCAGGAUAAUAUCCAAAAAGAAUGAGCAAGAUGGCCUCUGAAAGCUACCUUAGAAAACGGCAUCAUCACCCGGUGGACAGUCUUUGCCGGAAGCUCCAGGCUAUCAACAUGAUGGAUCAGGCUUCCAACCCUGCCUUGCAGAUCCCGAAGUUUCAGUCCAAGAACUUUGAUAGCCCACAGAGCAACGUGAAGAAAAAUCUGGAGGAGAUCUUAAAGAAAAGGACCUUGAAAACAAGCGAAGACACCAGUACUCCAAGCAACAGCACCUGCUUGCUGAGCCCUUUUGUGGAGGACAGCAUCUUCUCUCCAUGCCCACCCGUGGCAACGCCGGCUCACCGACGUGUCUCUGAUAUCCGCUCGGAGAGUUUCUUGAGUGGCAGAAAUAAAGAGAAGGCCACCCGAUCGUGGCUUCUGGCAAGCCAGACGGGAUGUUCCUCCCCUUAUCUCCUCAAACGUGAGGGGUCAGCUUCUGCUCCGCGGUGUGGCCCUUCUAACAGAGAACUGAAGAGUGUCCCUUCUCGGGAAUGCAACUAUUUGACCUCAAGUCCGGAUGUGUCUGUUCAGGAAACACAGCCUGCUGAGGCUGAGUCUCAAUUGCCUUCCAGCAAAACACUGUCCAUGGGAUGGAAACGGUCCGCAGAAAUCAAAGACGAUGAAGACUCUGACGUAAGCCUGAUCUGCGAGGAAGAUUUAUUGACAACAAUGUUUUCUGCAUGUGAUGUAGAAAGAAGAGGCAAAGUGCCUGUCUCUAAAUUGGUUGACUUCCUGAGAUAUACAACAAGCCGGAGUUCAGAAGACAGUGGUCUUGAGGAGCUGUGCAACAUGCUUGAUCCUGAUCAAAGGGACAUAUCCAUGGAUUUGGAAACCUACCAUGCCAUCAUGAAAGAAUGGAUCGAGGACUGCAGAAGAAACUGGAAUGACUUCCCUGCCACUGAGAUGACAAAAGAAGGCACUCCAGUCGCUAAAAAGACUCCUGUGAGAAUGAAUGUAACUUUUGGAAGCCUGGAAGCACUUGGUGGAGAUGUGUCUAGAGGAGAUCUGGAAGCCUCCGAUUUGAUCACUUGCGUAGCAGACCUUCAGUUCAACAACCAAAAGCUUCAGGAGGAGAACAGCCAGUUGAAGCUGGCUUUGGAUGUCAUGGAGGAGACCAACAACAGGCUAACGGAAGACAACGGAGACUUGCGCAAUCAGAUUAAAAGUUUCCAGCAGUCUGUGGCUCGAGUGAAAACUUUGAAAGAGGAGCUGGAAGAAGCAAAGAACAACCUCAACACUUCUGAAGAACAAAGGCUAAAGGUGGAAGCCCAGAAUAAACAGCUGGAAAAAGAGAACCAGACUCUUGUUCUCAAGAUCUCAUCCCUCCAAGAGGAAAAUAUUAGGAAUGCUCUGGAUUCAGACGGUCUUGAGAAGAAGAUUGUGGAGUUGUCCAGAAAUAUUGCUGAACUUCACGUGCAAGUACAUCUGUAUGAGAACAUGAUGGGGAGUAAGGAUGCUGCCCUCCAGAAGAAGGAUUUGGAUAUCCAGGAAAUGAAGUCUACCCUUAAGGAAUACACAUCAGUUAUAGAGAUUUUGCGCGUAGAGAAGAAUAAAUUGAUGAAUAAUGUUCAGCACAUGCAACAGGAGCUGAUCUCGAAUGGAAUAAACUUUCCCUUGAUAUACAAGCUGAAUAGCAGCAUCCUUGACGGGACCAAUUCCUUACACUGGGAACUGGAACUGGCUCAACGACAGCCAGAGGUCUCUGGAACUGAAAGAUGUGCGUUGGAUGAAUCACUGGACAGAGAAGUCUUAUUACUCCUGGAGGGACCAGAGCGAGUGGGAGAAAACUUCAAGGCGAUCAUCCAGAAGUUGCAAGAAGAUUUCCUUCAAGUGGAUGAGUUGGCAAGCUUGACUCUGCUGUGGCCAGCAGACUCUGAGACGAAUAUGCAAGAAGCUUACGAGAAGAAAUUGGUGGAUCUCAGGCAAAAACUAGAGAACAAAAGAACUUUCUGGAUUCAGAAGCUGGACCUCUUGGGAGCUCAGAAGGAAUCUUUGGACAAGGAACUAAUCAAAAUGUCCGGGAGUGUGAGGAGACUGAGAACAGAACAGUUACACCUGAAGAAAGCCCUUUCAUCCAGGCAGCAUGAACUAGAGUCCAUCGAGCGGCUCAAAGAGGAUGCUGUGGCCGAAGCGGAGGUCUUGAGAUCGACACUUCAAGAAGCAAACAAGCAACUGCAGGAUGCCAACCGAAUGGUUAAGGAUCAGGAGAAGGACUUUCACGUGGCCUGCGAAGAAGCCCGUUCUCUGCAGAAGAAGCUGGAAGAGACGCUUGCAGAACAAGCCGGCCUCCGGGAGGCCAACAGCAAGCUGACGCUGACUUGCCAGCUGCUGGAACAGAAAGCAAAAGACUGCAGCUCUGCUCUCGACUCGCUCAGGGAAAAGUGUUUUAAAGGACUAUCACAUGGAGUGGUUUGCCAGGUAGCUGUUUGCUCCCAAAGACUUGGCGCUCAUGAGAAUCGACUUUUUGGCUUGUCUUCGUCAACCACCUCGGGAUUCUUGUGUUCACAAAAUACUUUGCUGCUAGAUGCGUUGGCUCUUGAUUCUCUCCAUCUGAUUCAGAGAAGUUCUGUGCCCAGUUACCUUGAAAAUACUAAAAUCAAGUCUGCUUUCAAGAAACGGCAACUGAGAAAUGAGACCCUCUCGGAUGUGAUGCUGGAAGUCCACAAGUGCAACCGCCGCUCGGUAGGGAACCAGACGGAUCCAGACUUUGCUUUGGACACAAGGAUGGAGGUGAGCUUGACUGAGGAGGGCGAAGCUGGCCUGUUGGCAGAUGUCACAUCCAGCAGUGAACCAAGCCCAUCGCAAGAAGCCACUUCCGCUCUUCCUUCAGAAUGCACUAAAGGAUUUCAGGUUAUAGGUAUGGACUCCGUGCCACCGCAGACCAUGGAAGGGGAGGUUUCUGAGUCUGCUUCAGUGGUGGUGGAGGAAGAAGCUGUGGCGGCUGCAGGAGAGGAACCUAAAGAGGGGACUUUACCCACCGUGGCUGCAGGAGAUUCUUCUUCAACUGAGAAUCUGUCCAGGGUGGCUGUGUGUAGAAGCAGGCAGAAGAGCAACGCAUCUCCCAGUGAAAAGGAAACAGAGGCAGAAUUUCUUCGGCUCUCUCUGGGGUUUAAGUGUGACCUCUUUACUCUGGAGAAGAGAGUCAGACUGGAAGAAAGGUCGCGAGAUCUGGCUGAAGGAAACCUGAGGAAGGAGACUGCUGGCGCCUUGAAACUACUUGAUUCUUUAGCCGCUCUAAGUGAAGACAACCAGGCUCAAGAAAUAGUUAAGAAACUGCGGAAGAGCCUGGACCUUCUGAACCAGCAUGCCACUAGGAUUGCCAGCAAGGCAGAAAUGCUGGGAGCUGUUCAUCAAGAGAGUCGAGUCAGUAAGGCUGUAGAGGUGAUGAUUCAGCAUGUGGAAAACCUGAAACGUACAUACGCCAGAGAGCAUGCAGAACUUGAGGAGCUGAAAGGGAUUCUGCUCCAGAAUGAAAAGUCCUUUGGCUCCUUGUGCGACCGAGACGAAUCUUCGAUUAAAAAGCACCCUGGUUCUCUAAAGGCUCAGCUAAACGAAACAGAUGGAAGUGACAGGAAUGACAAAUUCUGCAGACGUUCAAGUUGGGGCUUACUCGGAGCGAAACAAGGUGAGAAGCGACCAUUGCUACAUCGCUAUGUUAGCUCACCUUCCUGGACAGAAUCAGAGGAAGACCAACUUGGACCUGAAAUCACCCCAUUGGAACAGCCAGCUCCAGAGAUACAAGGAAGCAAAGCACAGAAGCUGAGUGAGAAAGAAGGCGGUCCAUCGAAAUGGGGACUACACUCACUGUGUACCAGGCUUUUUUCUUGGACCUCCUCUCUUGGGACCUCCUUUUGCAGGGCUAACAAAGCUGUCUACGCGUCGGUCAUCGUGACUGUCUUGCUGGCCGUCCUCUCAACGUUCCUCAUGGGCUUCUCCUUCCAAAGACCUGCAGAAGCAGCUCCUGCCGGAACAGGGGAUGCCUGGACCUCCGUGCAGCAGCUCCUGUGGCCGUACACCGGUUUGCAGCACCAAGGUCCACCGCCCGUGUGAAAUUCACGGGUGACGAUUAGAACAGAUUUCUGUGGACUAUGAAGCUGGGGGACCAGUUGGGUGGGUGGUUUUUGAAGGGGUGGGUGCCAAGAAACAGAAAACUCCAGAGUUUAACUACAACACACUUCAAGGUCCUGUAAGUAGAAUAAUGCAACUUCUGAGACAGAAUAUCUUAAUAUUUUUGGUGACUUAGCUGUCACUAGUUCCUUUCUCACAGUGCCGGUCAAAAGAUAUUGGUAUUCAAGUUUUCCUGGCAAUGCAAAAAUAUAUCUUCCGAAUGACUACUUUUUAAAAUGUCGUGUCUUUCCCUCCCCCCGAUCCUGCUGGGUAUCUUGGAAAAUAUAUUUUAAGAAAUCUUUUGGAGUGAAUAUAAAUGGUUUAAAAUGUAUUUAUUUAUUUUUAAAAUAUAUAAAUCUAUAUCUAUCAGAAAGUGUGAGCCUGUCACAGACCUUCAACCUUUUCUUUUAGGGACAAGCCUGUCUUUAACUCAAUAAAGUUCUGAUGUGGCACCUGUC